AUGGCGCUCAAAACUAAUAAAAGAAAAAAGGAAGGAGGCUCGACUGCAGCAGCAGCAGCAGCAGCAGCAGCUGCUGCUGCUGCUGCUGCUGCUGCUGCUGGGGCCCCGAAGAAGAAACGCAAAGUGCUUAAGGAUCCCAAAGGAGAUGUUAAGGGGGCACCCUCAGGGCCUGCUGAGGCUGCAGCAGCAACAGGGGCCCCCAUUAAGGCUUCUAAAGGUAAAGCGCAGCAGCAGCAGAAGCAGCAGCAGCAGCAGAAGCAGCAGCAGCAGCAGGUUGAAGCAGCAUCGCAAGGGAACAAGAAGGCAGUAAAGGAGUUGAAGCAGCAGAACGGGGCUGGCGCAACUCAAACAACAAAGAAAAAGAAAAAGAAACAAAAGCAGCAGCAGCAGCAGCAGCAGCAGCAAAACAAGCCCGCAGUUAAUACAGAAGAAGAGAAGGAGACACAAAGUACGUCAGAAAGUGAAAGCAGCGGCGAAGAAGACUGCAGCAGCAGCAGCAGCAGCAGCAGCAGCCGACUGCAGCAGCAGGGUUCUUCUGCUGCUUCGCUUGACUCCAACUCUGCAGCAAGCGGAGGGGAUGCGACAAGCGAGGCAGCAGCAGCAGAAGGAGCAGCAGGAGCAGCAGCAGCAGCAGCUGCUGCUGCUGCAGCAAAGUGGGGUGUGGGGCGUCGUUGGGUUGUGCUGUUCAGCCACUGCCCGCUGCUGCUGCUGCGGCGGCGCCAAAGCAGCAGCAGCAGCAGCAAGAAGAAAGAGAAGCAGCAGCAGGAACGGGCUUCUUCUCUUUUUGCUGCUGACGAUCAUAAGAGUCUUGUGGAGUCUCUCUUAGCUUCAGGGCUCUCAACAGAGACAACCAGCAGCAGCAGCAGCAGCAGCAGCAGGAAGAAAGGCCUCAACCCCGUUAUGCCUCUCAUUCGCCGGGUGCAGAGACACCUCGUUGCUGUCUCUUCAGCUGUCGCUGCAGCAAACAGAACAGCAACAAGCAGCAGCAGCAGCAGCAGCAGCGAGCCCUGGGGGCCCUUGAAGAGGGCUUCUAAAAGAAGCAGCCUGAUGGGGAGACAGAUUCAGGAGUGUGCAGCAGCAGAAGCAGCACGCGUUGCUGCUGCUGCAGAAGACCCUCAUUGGGUUGCUGCUGCAUGCAUGCGCUCAGAGGCAGUACAUCAGUGUCUCCUCAGCUUUCUAGACUCCCCUAUAGUGAAGCUGCUGCGUCUCCACCAGCAGCAGCAGCAGCAGCAGCAGCAGCAGCAGCAGCAGCAGCCGCUGCAGCUGCUGCUGCACACUCUCGAUGGGAAGCUGCUGCGCAUCAGCUGCAGCUUCCGCGUGCCGCGCACUUUCAGAGUCUUUAAAAAGAUAAUGGAGACAGCGCUGUCUUCGCCGACAGGCCGACUUGAAGCAAAAGUAGACACAAACCAGCAGCAGCAGCAGCAGCAGCAGCAGCAGCAGCAGCAGCAGCAGCAGGAGCCGCUAAUCGAGGUGCUGCAGCCGCCUUUUUGGAGACACUUCCCGGAAGGCAGCAGCUGGGUCGCGCUGUCGGAGUCGCAGAGGGCCCCUCCAGUGUCUCUGCGGUCUUUCAUAGAGGGGCUUCCUGAAGCCUUAACUGCAGCAGCAGCAGCAGAAGGAGCAGCAGCAGCAGCAGGGGGUAAGGGUGGUGGUGCUGCAGCACCGCAGCAGCAGAAGCAGCAGCAGCAGCAAGUGCCGCCUGUGGUGUUUGUUAUAUCUGCGUCUCCAUCGAUUGACUCAUCUCUGCUGUCUCCUUUUGUCCCCGACGCUGCAGACGAGGAGACACCCAACAGCAGCAACCCUCAGCAGCAGCAGCAGCAGCAGCAGCAGCAGCAGCUGAUAUCUGUAGCAGCAAACUCCUUCUCAGUCCCUGCUGCUCUGCGCUGCGAUCGGCUGCUGCAUGAAUUUGGUAGAGCAGCUCUUAAAAACACCGCAAACUCUUGA